CAGCAGCCGCACCGAGUCGAGGCCGCUGUCGGGAGUUCCCUUCUCUUCCCCUCCCCGUCCCUGCUCGGAGCCCGACACAGCCCGCCGGGUGCUUCCCGCGUCCCUGUCGCAGGAUGAAGAGGAUCUUCGGGUUCGGAAGGAAGAGGAAAGGACAGCCGCCGCCCGGCAGCGCCUCCCUGCCCUGCCCCGCCGGUGCCUACGAGCUCCGGCAGAAGGAUCUGGGCAAGCUGCACCGUGCGGCCGCCAGCGGCGACCUGGCCCAGGUGCGGCAGGGACUGAGGAAAUACGGCAUCGACGGGCGGGACAAGGCGGAGCGGACACCUCUGCAUCUCGCUUGUGCAAGCGGCCAUGUGGAUGUAGUUACACAUCUAGUAGAAAACCAGUGUAAGCUAAAUCUUUUUGACAAUGAUAACAAGUCACCACUGAUGAAGGCAGUACAGUGCCAGCAAGAAAAAUGUGUGGCUAUUCUACUAGAGCAUGGUGCUGACCCAAAUCUGGCAGAUGCUGACGGCAACACUGCCCUUCACCUGGCUGUCCUAUCUCCUAAUACCACUGUAGCAGGGCUGUUACUUGAGCAUAAUGCCAAUAUUAAUGCUCAAAAUAAGGAGGGAUAUACCCCACUUAUUCUUGCUGUCUCUGAACAUCACGAAGAAAUAAUGGAGUUUCUUCUUAAAAAGGGAGCUAAUGUGCAUGCUCGAGAUCGGUGUGAAAGAACCCCACUUAUGACUGCUGCUUCUGGGGGAGAGGUUAAUUUGAUAAAAGUUCUUCUUCAGUAUGGUGCUGAUCUUUCCCACAAAGACACUAAUGGAUGGACGGCUGAGGAUUAUGCUGUUAUUCAUGGAUAUUCUAGUCUUAGUAAGCAACUGGGAGAAUAUGCAGACUGGGAAAGCACAGAAGUUUCUGCAGGUGGUGCACAGGGCAUCACGGUACUUGGCACUCCGCAGCGGAGAGGAGCUGCUGCCUUUACGUUGGGCGCACCUGCUGUGGACAGAGGAGGAAUUCAACAAUCUCCUAACCAGACAUCAAGAACAGGAAAAUCAAGGAAAGCAACAGAUGACUUUUCCCAAGGAGACUCGAUAAGAAGCUCUGAGAAAGAGGGAAGCGAUGACAGUUGGCAUACCUCUGAGGAAGAGGAACUCGAUUUUACCCCCAAGAAGCUGCAGAAGCCAAACUUGACACUGCUAAUGAAUGCUUCACAGCAGUUCAGGAAAAAAAAUGAUGAUGGUGGUUCUAGAAUUGAAAGUCCUAAGUCACCAAAGAAAAGUCUCAAACAGCGAAUCCCAUCAGAUGCAAACCUGAACAAAGGAGACAGUGAGGAAUUGUUUAAUCAAGAUGUCUCAGCUGCAAGCAACCUGGAGGAAGAAGAAUUGGAGGAGGAGGAAGAAGAGGAGGAGGAGGAGGAAAAUGAUGAUGAAAAUCACAAUGGAGAUGGUGAUGAAGAUUACGAGGAGGAAGAGGAGGAGGAUGAUGAAGAUUUUACUGAAGAUGGAGAGGAGGAGGAAGAGCUGGAAGAUGAAGAAGCUCAGUCUAGUGAAAUACUGGAAGAGGAGCAGGGGAAAAAAAUGGAACGUAAAGGGGAAAUUAAUGGGAAGUUAGAGUAUAUUAGUAAAGCUAAGUAUGAAGAGAAAGCUCAGUGUGGAACUGGCACUAUCUCCAUUGAUGAUAAAAUAAGUAAAGAACAUGAUGAAAAGCAGGAGGAAUCUGUUGAUACUCCUGUGUCUUUCAUAGCUGGGUGUUAUGAAAGGUUGCUAGAAAAUAAAACAUCAAUGUCUCCAAAGUUCAUGAAUAAUGAAGUAUCUUGCAAGUCAGUACCAAAACAAGCUGUCUUUCAAAAUCUAAAUAAUCUUCAAGAUACACAAGAAAGUUGGAACAGGAAAAGCAUGAUUCAGGAGAAGUUUCACAGAAAUGCUGACUUCUGUUUUGCAGACUCUGAAAUGACAGAUGGGAAAAAAGAGAUGCCUCCCCCUCUCUCAAAUAGUUGUGGUCUUAAGGAGAAAAAGUCAAGCUUCAGUGAUGACUUUGAAAGUGGUAAUAAUUCUUGGUCAGCAGCAAAAAAUCCAGGACUUGAAAGUGAAAGACCAAGCUCUGCCAUUCUUGAACAUGUGAGUGAUGAAGAUACUGAAGAAGAGCAAUAUGAAGGAGUAGGUGAUAAAAUCUGUGAACCACUGAAACAAGAAAGUGAAAACUUGCACUUAAAUAGAUAUGAAGAAAAUUUGAGAGCAUUUCAUUCGAGCAGCAAAGAAGAAUCACCUGAACAGGAAGAAGAAGUUGAGAAGCAGGACAAGGAAGACAGUGGCGAAAAGCUAGUUGCUGAGGAUGUGAAAAAUUCUGUUUGUAAUGAUAUCUGUGAAGUCCACAAUGUUUCAAAAGACGACUCAGGUGCCCUGCCAGCAGUGGGAGCAGAGCAAGAGGAAGAUGCUGAAUCUCCCUGGGAUUCUGAGGCAGAUUCUCAAAGUCUGAGAAAAGUGUCAUCCAGUAUGUUGCUCCCAGCUGCAGAGAGACAUGGAGUAUGCUCCCUUCUUGUUUCAGGGGAACACAACAAUGGUUUUUUUGAGAAACCCAACAAUUCACAGCUGAAGACUUCCAAAUCUGCUUUGGAAAUGAAUGAAACCUCUCCUAAAAACAGACAGCAGAAAUCAGAUCUAUUGCAGGAAUUUGGUUUAGAAGAUGCCGAGGACAUUGAAGGUGAGUACUCAGGAUCUACCUUUCAUAUGUCAUCAUCAGCUGAAAAAGAAGAUGUCAAGGAUGCCCUUGAAAACUAUGGGGUGUGGGAUAAGUAUAUUUUAGAAACUACCAACUUGAUAGAAAAAAGAGCACAUGAAAAUCAAAUUGACAAAGCAGAAAUUUCACAUCAGGAAGCCCUAGCAGAAAAUGAGGAAUCGUACAGUACUGAUAAGGAGUUAAGUCUGAAACCUUGGGAAGAAAGAUAUGAAAAACUGUGGAUUGAAAAGGAGAAAAGGGAAUUGAAAACAAAUUUUAAAAACAUUACAGCAGAGCUGAAGCAGUUGUUUGGUGAAAAUGAAACUGGGAAAACUGCUUCCCAUGUGAAAGAAAUCCCAGAAGAUGGCUUUGGUGAAAAACUGAAGAGUUCUCGCAUUAUUUCCUCUCCUGUGACAGAAUCAAGUAGUAAGUUAGAAAGCAAAGGUGAAUUUGGAGAUAUUAAACUUAUGCUAGAUGGAAAAGUACCCCAAAUGAAAAUUGUAAUUCCGAGUCUUGGUAUCCUUCCUGAUGAAAAUAGCUUAAAGGCAAAUGUGGAAGAUACCUGGAAUAGAGAUGAAGAAGAUGGCACUAACAAUAUGGAUAACAGAAAGGUGUCUCUGGCAAAAGGAGAGAAAAAGAGAAUGCCUGCUAUGGAAACAGAAGAGAAUGAUAAUGCAAGUAGUGAAAAUGCAGAGGAAAGUUCUGUUUACUCCCUGAGUCAUAGCUUAAAAUCAAGUAUUUUGGGUGAGAUUUCUAAUACUCUUCCUAAAAUAAGAGCUGUUUCUACAAGUGAUGAAAAUGCAGUUUUCAUAACAGAAAGGAAACUUGAAAAAUACUCUGGAUUUAAUGAUGAUGUUCCCAGGGACUGCCUUAUCAACAAUAAUAAUAUGGGAGAAACAGAAAUUGAAAGUCUUUUUGCAAAUGCUCAGCAAUCUUGUGGCAUGCUGGAAAGGAAUCUUGAUGAAGAACUAAAACAAGAUAUGGAGAGAUUUAAGAGUAAGGUAGGAAUGCUGCAAAUAGUAUUCCUGGCUUUGGAGAAAGAGAAGGUACAGCUGCAAAAAGAGGUUGAGAAGGAAAAAAGCAAACAAAGAUGUUUGAAAAUGCAGAAGGUGGCAAAACAGGAAGAUGUUGCUGAAUUAAGUACACCGCCAGGCAACAUUACUAAUAGGGAAAUGAAAGAAAAGCUUACUCUAAGAAAGAAUGACUGUCUGAAAAUGGAGAAUGAAAACAGUACAGAAGAAAAGGACAAAAAGAAUUUUUCACCUGAGGAGAGGUCAAAAUUGAUUAAAAUGCCACUGAAAGGUGAAUUUGCCCUGAAUCCCAAAGUUGCAAAGAAGAAUAAAAGACAGACUUUGAAGCAGACAGCUCAUCAGCAGAUGAGCUCUUCCAGUGGGAAUCAUUUUCAAACACUGGAUGAUAGCACUUUCAGUGAAACAUCUCAAGAUGAAGAAAGACCUGCAGCAAAAACAGGAAGUGAAAAGAACAAGGUCGGCAUGGAUGUAACUGAUGACCUUGAUUUAACUCACUCAUCUGACACAGCUUCAGAGGAUGUCGCAUUACCAACAUCCACGUACAAAGAGGCUGUGCUGCUGUUAGAGCAGCUUAGCGUGGAUCAUACAGGUUCUGCUAUUUUAUUGAAAAUUCAAAACAUACUUCUUAAAUAUGAACAAAUAAUAGAACAUGAAAAAAAUCGAUAUACAGCUGUCUGUAAAGAAGUAAGAAAAUUGGAAAGUGAAAAGGAAGAAUCACAGUUAAUAGCAGAAGAGACUCAAGAUUUAAAAUCUAUAUUGGCUCAUCAAGAAGUGGAAUGGAAAAGUGAUAUCCAAAGCCUUAAAUUUACUUUGAAACAAGAAGAGGAAAAGAGGGUCAGAGUAGAAGCACUCUAUGAGAAAACAAGAGAAAAACUCAGAAGGCAAGAAGAGCAAUAUUGUAAAGAGAUGGAGGAGAAACGGCAACUUGAGUUACAAUCAAGAAAUUUAGAAAUGGAGUUAAUGACACUGAGAAAGCUCUUGAAACAGGUCGAAGAAGAGCGUGAUGAAACACAGAGACAGCUUUCUCAGGAAAAGAGUGCCAGAGCCCUGCAAGAAGGCAUUUUGAACAACCACCUUUGGAGACAAAAGGAACUAGAAGAAGAGACAAGAAGAACUAUAGGAAAAAAUUCAGAUGAAUCCGACACUGAGAGAGAAAAGGAUCUGUUGUACAAAAAUCAGUUACUGCAAGAUGAGAUUGCUGUGCUAAGACUAGAACUUGAUCAAAUAAGACUUAGGCACCAGGAGGAAGAAGGAAAAUAUUUAGAGGAAAAUGAGACCUUGAAAGAAAAAAAUGAAGAUCUCAAAAAGGAACUUAAACUGAAUGAAGAAGCCUUAACGCAGACAGUUUUUCAGUACAAUGGACAGCUGAAUUUACUAAAGACAGAAUCUGCAAUGCUAACUUCCAAACUUGAGCAAACAAAAGAAAGCAAAGACAGACUAGAGACAGAAAUUGAAUCAUUUCGUUCCCGCCUGAACACUACUGUUCAAGAACUUGAACGUCAUCAGUCAUCCAAAAGUGAUGUCGAGCGCACGUUUCAGAGAGAACGUGAUGAGUGGCUUCGCUUGCAAGACAAGCUGCAUCAUGACCUCUCUGAUGUGCGAGAAACCAACAAGAGCUUGUCUCAGCAGCUGAGUAAAGCUGAAAGCAAAGCUAAUGGUCUAGAAAAUGAACUUCACCAGUUGAAACAAAUGCUCAGAGAAAAAAUAUUGCUUUUAGAAAUGACACAAAAAGAAUUAAGUCAAGCCCAGUGUCAGGCAAAGGAAUACGAUCAUGCUCGACAACUUGAGAAAGAUCAAGUAAGCAAACUUACAAUAAAGCAGGAAUCCAUGCAGGAGCGAUUGGCCCAGCUCCAGAGUGAAAACCUUUUGCUCCGUCAGCAACUGGAAGAUGUGCAGAACAAGGGGAUCAUCAAAGAAAAAGUAGUGAAUGAUGUACAGGAUCGGUUUAAUGAUAUUUUCAACAAACUCAGAGCUGAUACUGAAAAGCAAGUUUACCUGGUGGAAGAGAGAAACAAGGAAUUAAAUGCCAAGUGUACCGAUUUAAGAGAACAAGUCUUCAAGUAUGAGACUGACAAAAUAGAGAGAGAGGGCAUGAUCAGACAGCUGCAGCAGGAGCUUGCUGAUGCUCUUAAAAAGCAAUCUAUGUCAGAAGCUUCACUUGAAGUUACUACACGCUAUCGCAGUGACCUGGAGGAAGACAAGCUGCGCUUGCAGAAGGAAUUGGAAAAGGUUAAAACCAAGCUGCGGGAGGAGGAAGAAAAGCAUCUUCAGUCUGAGCAUUGCGUUCGUGACUUGAAGACUGCCUUGGAUGAUAAAGAAAGAGAAGCGAUAACUUCUUCCCAGAAACUGCAGGACCUCCUGUUGGCAUCUUCCGAGACUAAUACCACUCUAAAACAACUGGAAGAACACGUGCAACACCUUGAAAUUGAAAACACCAGAUUGGAAGCCACUGUCCAGCAACAAAGCAAUAGGAUUGAAGUCCUUCAGAGAGACCUGCAAGCCUCUGCCUCAGUUCACAACCGCCUGGAAGACUUGAUAACUAGCUUACGGACAUCACAGGCAGCUGCAGAGGACCACCACAAGCAGGUGGAAAAGCAGAAUGCGCUGGCUCUGACAUCAAAGGAUUUGCAGAGCAUGUGGGAAGAGCAGUUUAAGUCAAGAUCCAACCUCGAGGAGCGUGUUGCUCAGCUUGACAGGGAAAAGGCAGAGCUCUUCGAACAGUGUGAGAGUGAAAGAAAGAAAGUGAAGAAACUGGUCGAAUUGAAACGCCCAGUUGAAAUGCGCCUGGACCAAGAAAUGAAAAGAAACUUAGAACUUCAGAAAGACUUCAAGAGGUUGAAGAGACUUCUGAGUAGAGCUACGAAGAAACUAAGGGUGUAUGAAGAAAGAGAAAUUGAGUCCCAGCUUAACUUGCAGGGAGAAAUGAAGAACAGAUAUUCUGAAAUGGUCAGUGAAGUUGGUAGAUUAAGACCAAAGGUUGGUGAACUUUCCCAGCAGCUGGACAGGGAAUCUAAAAAAUGCAUGCAACUGGAAGCCAAAAAUCAGGAUUUGCAAGAAGAGCUAUCCACCCUGCAUAGGAAGUGUGAAAACCUGGAGAAGAGCAAAUCCCAGCUGAAAGAAGAGCUGGCAAAACUACAACAUCAUUCGGAGACUAACCUGGUAGAUCGCAGCCAAAUAGAACAACAUAAAAGGGAGGUGGAAGAACGAGCUGGACAAGAAAUAAGACAAAAACUACAAGAAGUCAAUCUGUUUUUGCAAGCACAGGCAGCCUCCCAGGACAGAUUAGAACAAAUCAGAGCCAGUCAUCAUGCUUCACUAAGAAACCAGCUAAAAGACAGAAUUAGAGAUCUUGAAUGUGAACUGGACAGGAUAAAAAAUACCCAACAAGACAGUACUUUUCAAAAAGAAUCCACCCAGGCAGAAGUGGAAAAGUACAAAGAGCUGUAUCUGGAGGAAGUGAAAACCAGAAAAGGCCUAGCCAAGAAACUGGAAAGGUAAGUCCAUGCUUUUUUGGACUGAUAAUAACAGGCUCCUUUUUCCUCGUGCAUUUUCCUUCUAAAAUCCCUUUUUUACAUCUCUCCAGCAUGA